UCUUCGGGACAAGCUACAGGUACAGAGCAGCUCUUUUUCAAGCCCUACCACAUGAAAUAUGGAAUCAGCGUAAUAAGGUUUUGGGGUGCGUUUUGGCAUCCUCGUGGUGCUCGUGGAAGAGCAUUAUUUACAGUUGUAAACUUCUUAUUCUGGUAAGAAUUCCAAUACCAAACUCUUCUGAAAUUAACAGUAGAAAGCCCUUCUGAUUUGGUUCACCAUAAACCUCAUUUUUCUACUCCUAUUUCUGACACUAAUAACAUCCAUGCAAUGAUUAGUCGUUGCCUCCAGUUCACUAGAAGCCUCAAACAAACCAGGUGUAUCUUCAACAAUCUUCACUCAAUUAGAAAAAACCCUAGCUUCCAUUCAGCGACAGACAUCUCUAAUGAUUAUUGCAUAAAGUUCUGCCUUUUAACCUCUAUGCAUUGUUCCCAUCCAAGUUCUCCAGCAAUUUUUGGUUUUUUUGCAAUAAAGGACCAUAGAUUUGCCAGAAGUUAUUGUUCUGGCAAGAACAGUGACGAGUCCAGGGAGUGGACUGAAGAUAUAGAAUACUUAGACGAAGCAGGCAGUGUUAUUUUCUCGGGUAAGGGUAUUAGGUCGGUAGAGCCCGGGCUCGAUGAUCAUGUUAUGGUGGGUGGGCUAAAAAAGCCAAUUUUGAAUUCUUCGGCAGUUUCUAAGAUUGUAGAGAUUUUGAAGAGGUGGAGAUGGGGGCCUGAUAUGGAGACCCAACUGGACAAACUCCAGUUUGUGCCAAGUAUGACUCAUAUUACUCAGGCCUUGAAGAUUAUUGGAGAUAGUGAUGCAUCUUUGAGUUUGUUUCGGUGGUCAAAGAGGCAAUCUUGGUACUCACCAACUGAUGAAUGUUACAUGACAUUGUUUGAUAGGUUGAAUGAAAGUCGGGACUUCAAUGGGAUUCAGUCAAUGUUUGAUGAGAUGGUUCGCGAUUCAGGUGAAAAUGGGAUUUCCUCAUUUAGUGCCUACAACCAAGUAAUUCAGUAUUUGGCAAAAGCUGAGAAACUGGAGGUAUCAUUCUGUUGUUUCAAGAAGAUUCAAGAAUCUGGUUGUAAAGUAGAUACUCAGACGUACAAUUCGCUUAUAACUUUGUUUUUAAACAAGGGUUUGCCUUAUAAGGCAUUUGAGAUGUAUGAGAACAUGGAAGAAGCUGGGUGUUCAUUGGAUGCAUCUACCUAUGAGUUGAUGAUACCGAGCCUGGCUAAAUCAGGCCGUCUUGAUGCUGCAUCGAAGCUCUUCCAAGAGAUGAAAGAGAGGAACUUCCAACCCGGGUUUGCAAUUUUUGCAUCACUUGUUGAUUCAAUGGGCAAAGCUGGGAGGUUAGACACAGCAAUGAAGUUGUAUAUGGAAAUGCAAGGUUUCGGUCUCAGGCCAUCUGCAACCAUGUUUGUUUCUUUGAUCGAGUCAUUUGCUAAGGCUGGGAAACUAGAUACAGCUCUUAGGAUUUGGGAUGAGAUGAAGCAAGCAGGGUUUAGACCUAACUAUGGGCUGUACACAAUGAUUGUCGAGUCCCAUGCUAAAUCUGGGAAGCUUGGAAUUGCAAUGUCUGUCUUUUCAGAUAUGGAGAGGGCAGGAUUUCUACCCACACCAUCUACUUAUUCUUGUCUCCUGGAAAUGCAUGCUGCUUCUGGUCAAGUCGAUGCUGCCAUGAAGCUGUAUAAUUCAAUGACCAAUGCAGGUCUGCGACCGGGCCUAAGUACUUACACCGCCCUGCUGACACUCCUAGCAAAAAAGAAGCUCGUGGAUGUGGCUGCAAAAAUAUUACUCGAAAUGAAGGCCAUGGGAUAUUCUGUUGAUGUCAGUGCUAGUGAUGUUCUAAUGGUUUAUAUCAAGGAUGGUCCAGUUGAUCAUGCUUUGAGGUGGCUUCGUUUUAUGAGUUCUUCAGGGAUCAGAACGAAUAAUUUCAUAAUCAGGCAGCUCUUUGAGUCAUGCAUGAAGAAUAGUCUGUAUGAGUCCGCCAAGCCUCUCCUUGAAACUUAUGUGGACUCUGCUGCAAAGGUUGAUCUAAUACUUUACACUUCAAUUCUAGCACAUCUUGUAAGAUGCCAGGAAGAGCAUAAUGAGAGGCAUUUGAUGUCGAUUCUCUGUGCCACAAAACAUAAGGCACACACUUUCAUGUGUGGGCUCUUCACGGGCCCAGAACAGAGGAAACAACCAGUUUUGUCUUUUGUGAGGGAGUUCUUCCAGGGUAUUGAUUAUGAAUUGGAAGAGGGAGCUGCCAGGUACUUUGUCAAUGUUCUUCUUAAUUACCUUGUUCUAAUGGGGCAGAUUAAUCGCGCUCGUUGUGUGUGGAAAGUUGCCUAUGAGAACAAGCUUUUUCCUAAGGCGAUAGUAUUUGAUCAGCAUAUUGCUUGGUCCCUUGAUGUUAGAAAUUUGUCAGUUGGAGCAGCUCUAAUAGCAGUUGUUCACACCCUCCAUAGGUUCAGGAAGCGGAUGUUGUAUUACGGUGUUGUUCCAAGACGAAUCAAAUUGGUAACUGGACCCACAUUAAAGAUUGUGGUCGCACAGAUGUUAAGCUCAGUUGAGUCGCCAUUUGAGGUUAGUAAGGUGGUUCUGAGGGCACCUGGGGAUUCUGUUAUGGAGUGGUUUAAAAAACCAAUUGUUCAGAAAUUUCUUUUGAAUGAGAUUCCAUCAAGGGCUGAUAUUCUGAUGCACAAGCUUAACACACUUUUCCCUAGUUCUGCACCUGAAAUUAGAUCUUUAUCCCCUCCUAAACCUCUUGUUGCAGGGAAGUCGGUGUAACUGUGAACACUAUUUGAGACUAAGUACUGUUUUCAUAUUUGUGAAAUGAAUUUUCUGUACUGGGUUUUGCUGUUCUUCAGUUCCUUCUUUUGAUUUCGACCAUUAAUUUGGAAAACUAUGCGCGAAACUUGAUAUCCAUAUCUUUAAAGGGGUAAUAUCCAUGCACAGAUAUUCUCAAAACAUAAACUCUUUCAAUACUGACUUUUAAAUAUUGGAGUUCUCUUUCUCUAAGUCCACAUUCAGAUUUG